AUGGGUUCUCCUUCCAAGCGCAAACGAACCGAUGUCGAUGACGACCCCCCAGAGCGGGUGUUCGGCGUAGACUUGACGUACUCCCCGACACAGGACGCCAGGAAAUUGAUCAAAGGGUACAAACCUCGCUACCAAUCCAUUUGUGAUGAAGUUGACGUGCUUUGGCGCACAGCACAGAUGAAUAAGAUGAUUCGAGAAGCCGCGGCCAGUCUGACGUGGCCCAAACACAUUCGGGAAGCUCAAAAAGGCGUUGACGAGGGUCAAGCUGACCAAGACAAACUGUAUGCCAGAGUCGUCGACCGAAUCAACAAGGUGCAGAAUGCCGACCUCAAAUCCGCACUUCAAUCUGCGCUACAUGAAGUUGAUAUUAUCUAA